AUGCUGAAAGUCUGGCUAGUAAUCUAUGCCGUUUUGGCAAUUCAAACUUGCCGAGCUUGGGACGGCAAUAACGAAAUAAUGCAAUCAGCAGCUACCGAACAACGAUUGAACGAGUACUUUCCCGAUGCCUUCGGUCUUAUACCAGAACCAGACCGUUGGAAUGCUCGUUACUUCCAGAAGAACCCUCCGUUUCUAGAGCAAGAAAGUCUAUACGAAGGGCGAACACCUUCCAGCAGUUGGAAAUCCCAGAGAAAUCAGUUCAGCAAAUACUUUCUUGAUGGCAAUCCCAGUCAAGAAAACAACAAAUUAGAAAGCCGUUUAGCCCUCGGUGGCUUGGGCGCCAAUCUGAUUAACACGGGCCUCUUUAACAACCGAUUUACUCCAGCGAAUACGUGGAGACCGUUUAACAGUUUAGCAAACAGAAUUCCUAUUACGUACAAUCCAAAUUUCGAUAGCCCUCUCGACGACUUCGACGGAUGCACUUCACCUAGCGGCGAGUCAGGAAUUUGCGUUCCAGGAUCGGCCUGUUCCUUGUUUGGUGGCAAACCUAGUGGUUCCUGCGUCCUGGGAAAAGUUUGCUGCAUCAACGCCAUCACUGGCUGUGGCGGAAGCGUUACUCUAAACAACACGUACUGGCAGUCUCCCAUUACGGCCGUUAGCGCUUCAUCCAGCUGCACGCUGACAGUCCGAUUGAACACCAAGUACGUGGAGCAACUAAAGAAGCCCAUCUGCCAAAUUCGACUGGACUUUGUUUCUUUCACGACUGCCCAGCCGACACUAGGAACUUGCACAGAUACUUUUCAGGUCGGCGGUUCAACUUCUACAGUUCCAAUUAUUUGCGGAGACAACAACGGACAGCACAUGUACAUCGACGUGCCAUCGUCUGCCACCACACCCUCUGAUGUCCAACUCGUGUUCAACUUUGGAACAGGAACAGCUACGCGUUCAUGGAACAUCAAAAUCGCAAUGCUCCCGUGCGGUGCCUCCUACCUUGCUCCUGCCGACUGCCUGCAAUACUUCACCACAAGCUCUGGUAAAGUUAAAUCAUUUAACUGGCAAGACGUGGCCACUACCACCAUCCGCCAACUCAACAACCAAAAUUACAACAUUUGUUUUAGGACCGAACUGCUUUCAGGACAGCGUGCAACGGAAGUGUGCUUAUCAGCUUGUACGGUCACCAAUGGCGAUGCUUUUUCUAUCACAACACCGACAAACAAUGCUGCCGCUGCUGCUGCCGCUCUUGUGACGGGAGCAGUAACAGCAGUAACAAUUGCCACAGCUAACGUAGCCACGGCGGUGGCGGGAGGUGUUGCAGCUACUAUCACGGCUGCUAAUGCGGCCCUCGCAACCGCUCAAGCCAAUCUUGCAACAGCUCAAACUAACGCUGCUACAGCCGCUGCUGCUGCUGGCGUUCUCUCCGGAGUGGGCACUAGUGCUGUGGUGAAUGGCGUCACCACAGCCACCUGCAUGUACGAUUUUUUGCUCAUCGGUGGUGGUCGAGAUGCGGCAGGGAUUGCGGCGGACCGUUACUGUGGUAACGCACUCAAUCCGGCAGCUGCUGGGUCAGCUACAAACGUCCAAGUCUGCACUCCUAUCAAAUCAUUCAAAAUGAAUUACCGGACCGACAGCACCGAAGCGGCUGUGGCUGCCGCCACCAAUGUUCUUCCCGCUCCGGCGGAUACGCUUAACGUCGGAUUCUGCAUCGAUUAUCAAGAGAAAUAGAGGCGAAGAAUAUUGUGUUUAAGUCGUAUUAUCUUAAAGGAGAUACUAUAUACUUGCAAUCGUCUCCUGGUGCUGGAGUUUUUAAAAUGGGUUUUCAGUAGAUUACCGUGACUGUGAAAAACAUGUAGCCUACUGCAUUACAAGACAUUUGAUAUUGAUUAGUCAGUUUAGUUUGCCGUAGUGGAUAUGCAUUAUGAAUAAACAGAACAUUUUACAAAACA